CUCAUAUACAAUUGACACUGAGACUAACGCCCUCUGCAAAAAUGCGGUUUACAAUGAAGCAACUACUGAGGAUAUUAACAGUAUAUGUAUUGGUGAAACGCAAUACGAUUUUUCCUUACUAAAGCUUGGUUAUACAUUCCCUUCAUGGGAUAAUGUUAAAGCUUUUUUUAAAGCUUAUGGUCAGUAUCAUGGGUUUGCUGUUAUUAAAAUAAGAGUUGAACAGCAUAAUGACAGUAGUCAAUUACUGAAAGCAAAGUACCCUGAUGCAACUUUCUUAGAUAUGGAUCUCGCUAACGCUAUUCAACAUUAUAAA